AUGUUGAGGAACUCCUUAUCCAUUCUUUUCGCAUUACUGUUCACUCUCCAGCUAAUCUCAGCGACGGCCAUCAACAGAUGGGACGAACGACUGCCUUGUAAAACCAAUGCAGAAUGUUUGAAGAAAGGUCUACCGCUUAGGAAACCUUCUCCUGUAGUCAAGCGAGGAGCCUUACAUCCUAGACAAUCUAACACAGUCUCCUCCACGUAUAGAAUCAGCGUAUUUAGAGGUCAAGGUGUUGUAGGUUUUCUGGAUAAGACCCCAAAUGCCAAUGGACAAUAUACGAUGUCCCAGGACGCGUCCCAAAGAAUUAUCGUUAGCGAACCUUCCUUGACACCUGGUGGACUCAGUAUUUCAAAUUAUGUCUCGAAUAAUGGUUACAGCUAUAGUACCCUCGCUGCUCAAAUCGGUCCUAAUUCAGGUGGUUCAAUCUUAAGCACUUCUGCCUACAACUACGCGGUUAUCACUGCUUCCACUUCGUCAUUCGACUCAACUUCUGGACCUGCUACACCCCCUAAUCCAAGUUACACUUUAUAUGGCGUAGCCACCGGUUCGACCAGUCCCCUUGAGACUAACACUUGGUACCAAACCGCCGCUGGCUCCGACAACUUAUUUACCAAUUGGGUAAACUCGGAUGGUACGACGUUAGAUAGACCUCAAAUCAUGUAUGAUACUGUCAAUGCCAAUUUUGUUAUAACUGGUUGUGCGACUUGCUAUCAAGCUCAAUUCCCAAAUAACAAUGCUUAUGCUGUUGAUUUCGCCAGAGCUAAAGUAACUACAUAA